AUUCCUAUAGGGCUGCCAGCACCUAAGUCAGUCAUCACUGCGUUGAGUAGCGAAAGGGAUUUGGUCGCAAAGAUGUAUCUUUCGUUUGAAUAGAAACAAAUCUUUCUUCAUCCUCACUUUAUCUUAUUGAUUUACCUUAUUUUAUCUAAUUGAUAACAUCAGAAAGGAUAUUUGUGCCACAUCCACCAAAGGCCCUAUAAUUGAAAGGAUCACUGAAAGUUUGUGAAGCUUAAAGUUGAUUCGCCGAGAGAUUGGCUGUGAAUAUUCGAUUAUUAUUAUUAUUAAAUGUCGACGAUUUACGUUUGCGAGACUAGCAGGAUCUUACACACUAGUAAAUGCCUCAAGGGCAACAAAACAAUCAACGUGAACCUGUAUACGGCCCAGUUUCAUUGCAUAAAAGAUAAAGAUACCCCUUCCUACAGCGAUGAUGUGAGACUACACACAGCGGAGGUCGUUAAAACCGCCGUUGCAGGAACUUCAGGGGAAAAUUCUUUAAAAUACUCGAUAAUUGAAACAGUGCCAAAAGCUGGCUGGAAGAAUUUUUUAACACCAAACUCGAAAGUUCUUGCGACAAACAAACCGCUUGGAACAGCGGACCAGGUCCUCGAGGAUGAUGGUAUUGACAAGUGCUGGUCUAAAGAUUCGCUCAAGCGUCAUUGACAGAGCAGAAGACGCUAAUAAACAAAUUCUUCUAGUCUCGCUUGCUCAUAGUCAAUGUGUUAAAAAAUCCUUUGCAUAUGAUGGUGCAUCUGAGUGGCGGUGCAUCUCCUCUAUCAACGAAAGGCAAGAUGACCUUGAAUCAACACCCCCGAUCUAUAACUCUGUUUUAUUCAGCCAAAGGAAGCCUAUCUUAUUCGAAAAUCGGGACUUGGCUGGGCUUCAAGUGGACGUCAACAAUUUUGCAGGUCGCGACCAAGCCUUGGCCUUGACCAGCCAUAAACUUUUGGUGACAGCUUCCCACGAACCCGUAAUAGCAACAGAACAAAAACGCCAGGCCAGAAUUCCCCAGUAGCUUGAAGAGACAGGAAUACAAGGGUGAAAUGGACUCCCAAACCAAGAAGGAACAAAGUGAGCUUUUCUGCUCUGAUUCGCGCCGCGAAUCAACUCGAUUCCAAAAAUAACUAAACCUUUAUUCCACCCUGAAUACGCACUGCUGCGCAGAAUUCUACAACGAUAGGUCGUACGGAUGUACCUACAGAUGUGGCCCUAAACGUGAUGCAAUGCGAACAUAUAAGAAACAUCUAUAUAUGGAUUGUUGCCAGUGUUCUUUUGCGCUUGCACACCGCAAACACGAUUGGACGGUAGCUGUUGGCCUUAAAUAGGCAACGCGCUAUUGCAGACCCUACCUUUGAGAUGCCGCUGGAAUAGUGCCUGUGUAUAUCGUAAUGGGGGCGCCGGCAGUGUGUGAGGAAAGCUUAAAAAGCGGGCGAAGAAGUAUUUCUGGGUCAUAUAUCCAUUUAUCGCCAUCGACCAUGGACGAUGGCUCAUCGCCGAUCAUCCAUCAUAUUAGCGUAGGCGGCCGGAGGGGGGCUGAAUGCAUAACACAGAGUGUAUUAAUAAGAGAAGCAGAGUAGAGCUGCUACGCUGCGUGGCAUAUGCGAUGCGAACUCCACGGUAGA